AUGAUGACUUCCGAAGAGUCAGACUCUUUGAGUAACAUACCGUCAGAUGGACAUCCUGAGGAUGCAUCAGUGUCGGGUACAGAGGAAGCUCCAUCAUCCAUGGUUUCAAGUGAAGCAGAGUCAGAAGGCAGUGUGGUGUCUGAAUCACGUCAUGAGACUGCCCUCGCUGACCAAGACUCGAGCUUCCUUGAUAAGACAGCCACAGAUGUACGUGCUGUUGGCAGCACAUUGGCUUCACUUGUAUCUACAAGAGGGUCAAUGCUGCCAUGGGGUCCCAACAAGGGCGCCAUAAUGCCGACAGCUGAUUCUGACCUUCGACCCGGAGAAUUUGUGAUGCGACUGCUGUUCACAGAGUUCACGGUUCAAGCUGAGAGGAAAAUGGAAGCCGUCAUGGCAGAACAACUGGAAAAGCCAUUGAACAAAACCCUUCAAAGAGGAGAGGAUCCCCAAUUAGAUCAGAUUCUGUCAGCCUUUGGUACGGUUGCCGAGCACUGUCUACCAUCACUUUUAAGAGCCUUGUUUGGUUGGCUUGAACGGCAAAUGGCUGAAUCACCACAACUUAAUGAACAAACAAAGAAACCUCACCAGGAUCUAAAGAAUAAAAGUAUAAUCCACAUAGUAUCAGGCAGUGGGGCCGGUACAGAACAGGUUGAAAGAAGUUCAGAGGAACUUCAAGCGGAGAGGCGAGAUCUUGCUGUAGAAUUUUUGUUCUGCCUGGCUCUGAUAGAGGUGUUAAGACAACUGCCAUUCCAUCCCGGCCAUGAAGAUCUAGUGCAUUACAUAGAAAAUGUUGCCUUCAAGAGAUUCAACUAUAAAGAAGGGUUGCAGUCAAAUCCCAACGCAGCUAAUGUUCACAUCAUAGCCGAUUUGUAUGCUGAAGUUAUCGGUGUAUUGGCUCAAUCCAGAUUUGCGUCUGUCAGGAAACGUUUUACAGCGGAAUUGAAGGAGCUGAAAAGUCGUGAACCAUCGCCGCACACUACUCAGAGUAUAAUAUCAUUGUUAAUGGGUAUGAAGUUUUUUCGUGUGAAGAUGGUUCCUAUAGAGCAGUUCGAAGCGUCAUUCCAGUUCCUACAGGAAUGUGCUCAAUACUUCCUUGAAGUUAAAGACAAAGAUAUUAGACACGCACUCGCUGGAUUAUUUGUUGAAAUACUUGUGCCUGUGGCAGCGACUGUCAAAAACGAAGUGAAUGUUCCAUGCUUGAAGAAUUUCGUGGAAAUGCUAUACAGUCAUACUCUAGACGCGAGUACGAAAUCAAAACAUCGCCUGGCGUUGUUCCCUCUGGUUACUUGUCUACUCUGUGUAUCUCAGAAGCAAUUUUUCUUGGCGAAUUGGCACUGCUUUCUGGCUAUGUGUUUGUCUCAUCUAAAGAAUAGAGAUCCAAAAAUGUGCAGAGUAGCUCUUGAGUCUCUGUAUCGACUGCUAUGGGUGUACAUGAUUCGCAUCAAAUGCGAAAGUAAUUCGGCUACCCAAUCACGUCUUCAGAGUAUCGUCAAUUCGCUAUUCCCCAAAGGUUCCAAAGGUGUUGUUCCAAGGGACACUCCACUGAAUAUAUUCGUCAAAAUAAUACAGUUUAUAUCGCAAGAGAGAUUAGACUUUGCGAUGAGAGAAAUAGUAUUCGAUCUUCUUAUGGUCGGAAGGCCGAUUAAGAUAAUUCUUACGCCAGAGAGAAUGUCAAUAGGACUCCGAGCGUUUUUAGUUGUCGCAGAUAGUUUGCAACAAAAGGAAGGCCAGCCGCCAAUGCCACGUACAUCUGGAACAUUACCUUCGGGAAACACAUUGAGAGUAAAGAAAACCUUCUUAAACAAAAUGCUGACCGAUGAAACAGCGAAAUCCAUCGGCAUGAGCGCAUAUUUCCCAUUCGUCAGAAGAGUUUUGGUGGAAAUACUAAGAGCAUUAGAUGCACAUUACGGUAGACCGUUGAUGUUGACCAAUACACAGAAUGUAACCAAAGAACAGGAAAUUAACACUGGGGAGAGGAAACCUAGGAUAGAUUUGUUUAGGACGUGUGUAGCAGCUAUACCGAGGUUAAUUCCAGAAGGUAUGAGUCCUAGUGAGUUAGUGGAUCUUCUGUGUCGUCUGACUGUUCAUAUGGAUGAAGAGCUUCGAGGUCUUUCCUUCCAAAGCCUGCAGACUCUUAUAGUAGACUUUCCAGAGUGGAGGCAGGAUGUACUGGCUGGCUUCACGCAGUUCUUAGCUAAGGAGGUUCAGGACACAUCUCCACAAUUGGUGGAGAAUGGUCUUCGGAUGCUGCUGCAAUUGGUUACCAGUUGGAAGACAGGCGAGGGUGCAGCCAAGGAGUUAGCAGCGGUAGUGAGGGGUGCUGAGGCAUUGGCUCUAGUGAUGUUGUGCCAGUGUAAAUCAUAUCCUAGACGACUGGCAGUGCAUAUACUUAGAGAGACGAAAUGUCUUCUUGAACGUCUAUCUUUAAACCGUGACGAGCCGGCGCUGAUCGACGCUGCCGAUGCUCACGUGCCAUACUUCACGGAGAAAUGCCUCCCAAUACUACCGCCGGCAGAGAAACAAGCUGUGUUAGCCGCGGGUCAACCUGACCUCGUCUGGGUGGCUGAGAGGAACCACGCCGUAUGGACAGCCGGUUUGCAACACGACGACACUACAUCCAAGAACAGUUGGAGCGGAAGUUCAUCAAACGGCGCUGAUCCUUGGGAGGUAGUGCUGUUUGGACUAUUGGAGCGUAGUCGCGUGCCAGCGCAAUGUCCCGCCACUAUACUACAAGCCUGGCCGAUACUACACGCUCGAAUACACGCACUAUACACUAUCAUAGAACCAGCGCCGGUGAAUGAUAAUAGAGCUUCUUUACUAUCACGUGGCCCAGCUCUUCCUAGGAAACCAGAGAAAGAGCGCGAUGGAUAUAUGCAAGUCUGGAAGUAUUACAUGACCAUGGCAUAUCUCGUGGUACCGGCUGUACCAAGUCCAGUAAUAAGAUGCGCCAGCCCAGAUUUAAGUCUCAGCGCUGAUGCGGAGCGCCAUGAUUGGAGCGCUCCAGCGCUGAGCUCGUCCAGCGAGAGCCUCAACGCGCCGGGGGGUUUCUUCACGCUGCCCCUAAGCUAUGCGCGCUCGCACAGGCACAAGCGGACGAGCUCGUCCCCGGAUUCAUUGAGUGAACGCAGCGGUGGUGAAGGGCGUGGCCAGGCCUCGCCGGCCUCCCUCCACAAGCUCGCGGUCCCUCUGGCGAGGUGUGAGGUCCCAGAGGUCCGGGACGCGGCUGUCUUCGCAUGUGGACACAUUAACGCGGAGGCCUUAAAGGAUCUCUUCGAAGAGUUGGUACCUUUGCUAAGAGAGGCUGUUGACCGGAAACAAGAGAAUAUGCGUCGCCGUAGACGCAGAGAUGCUUUGAGACUUCACCUGAACAAAAUGCUACUCAUUAUAGCUCAGAGGAAGACAUUUGCUACCAGUUCAUAUGCUCUGGAGGGUGGUGGGUUACACUCCAGCAUCACGGAAUAUCUGGACGGUGUACGUCAAUGUUUGGAAGUAGAGGCUGAGAAGGACGCGCCCGCUGCCAGAGAACAAAGGCUCACCUUCGCUGACUUCGUUACAGAGCUCAUUAAGAGUUUCCCACUGGAAAUGUACGGGUCGUUGUUGAAGCGAGAGCUUUGUAAGAGCUUGUUCGGUCUGUUCGCUGGCUGGUGCGGGCCUUUAGUGAAACAUUUGGGAGCUCUGGUGACACAACCUGCUACCACAGAGGUCGAUGAGAGACUGAACCUCUCAGCGUUAAAGGCGAUGAGCGCGUUGGUGUGUUGUGGUCCCUGCUUCGCUCCGAACGCCCUCGCCGAAGACGGCUCCCUCUAUCCUUGGCUCAGUGAAAUGUUGUCAUCGACUAACGACAAGGUGUACGAGUUAGCGCGUGAGACUAUAGUAUUACUACUGGACUGUAACCCUGACAUAGGACCACUUUUAGAUUGGACUGUAGACAAGUGCUUCACUGGUCCGCCGAGGGUCGCCGACGGCUGCUUCAUGGCGCUAGCGACCAUAUUCAGUGCCAGGGAGUAUCCCUGCGACCAUUACACGGCCAUCAUCAACGUGACUCUGAUGUGCACCGGCUGUCCUCGAGCGCCUGUACAUGAGAGUGCAUUGCAGCUCCUGCAGCUCUUGGACAAACGGUUCUUCGGUACAGUAGUGCCACUACCCACCGAAGAUGAUAACGCUAUGGUGGCCGUGAACAAAUUCAAUGGGCUCAAUCGGAUAUGUUCGCGGCCAUCGCCUAAUCAUGAGAUUAUACAUUUAUAUUCUUUAGAUUAG